CGGAAGUAAAAUAUGAAGUCUUGUUUGUAUUUUUUAAAUAAACUAAAUAGAAUCUAGUUAAUUUUUUUCUUCUAUUGGACUCUGGCUAACGUUCCAGCAUAUUAUUACGGUUGCAGUAAUGCAGCUUAAUGCUAGAUGUCAACCGUGAUUAAACAAAAUAAUAAGCAGAAGAUGUCUUCUCUAUGCGACGACUUCUGAAAACAACCACAACAACAACACGAAUGGGGCAGCCCUCUGUAAUUAACGGCAUAAUGGAUUGGUUUGUUCUAUCCGUUGUUAUCCUUUCUACAAGAUGCUCGGCUUUGCAGCCGAAUUUUAUAGUUAUUUUCGCGGACGACUUGGGUUUCGGUGACCUAGGCUGCUAUGGGCAUCCUUCUUCACUUACUCCAAAUAUUGAUCGUCUAGCAGCUAACGGACUCCGUUUCACAGACUUCUACACUACAUGUCCUGUUUGCAGUCCAUCCAGAGCAUCGUUACUGACAGGCCGGUACCAGACCCGCUCAGGAAUAUAUCCAGGAGUGCUUUAUCCUGGGUCCAGAGGCGGGUUGCCCCUGAACGAGACCACCAUUGCGGAGUUGCUGAAGCCACUGGGCUAUGCAACUGCUGCUGUGGGGAAAUGGCACUUGGGAGUGGGCCCUGGUGGAAUGUACCUCCCCACCCACCAGGGGUUUGACCAGUACCUUGGCAUUCCCUACUCUCAUGACAUGGGGCCCUGUUGGAACCUGACGUGCUUCCCACCAGAUGUGAAAUGCUUUGGAUUAUGUGACGUUGGCACCGUAGCCGUCCCACUGAUGCUUCAGGAUGUGAUCAAGAAACAGCCUGUCAACUUCCUGACUCUGGAGAAUUCGUACAGUCAGUUUAUGUCAAACUUCAUUUUCAAUUCAGCAUCGAGGAGCAAACCCUUCUUCCUCUACUAUCCAUCCCAUCACACACACUACCCCCAGUAUGCGGGGCCCAAGGCGGCCGGGGCCUCUCUCAGGGGUCCGUUCGGAGACGCUCUGUUGGAGUUUGACAGCACGAUAGGCGACAUCCUGGACGCCCUAGAGCAGAUGCAGAUCAUCAACAAUACCUUUAUAUUCUUUACGGCUGACAAUGGGCCGGAGCUGAUGCGGAUGUCCCGCGGAGGCAACGCGGGUCCGCUGAAGUGUGGGAAGGGCACCACCUUUGAAGGGGGCAUGAGGGAGCCCGCCAUCGCCUUCUGGCCGGGCGUCAUAGCACCAGGUGUGACCCACGAGCUGGCCAGCACCCUGGACCUGCUGCCCACCAUCGCAAGGCUCUCGGGGGCCAGCCUCCCCCAGGUGCAGCUGGAUGGGGUGGAUAUGACCGACCUGAUGCUGACACGCGGGAAGAGUAAGAGGGGCACGAUGAUGUUCUACCCCACAGAUCCCAGUGAGAAAACCAGCAUAUUCGCUCUCCGGCUUGGCAAAUACAAGGCCCAUUUCUACACACGGGGUGCCACACACAGUUCGACAGGCCCGGACCCGGACUGUCAGUUUGCCUCUGCGCUGAAGGCUCACGACCCCCCCCUGGUCUUUGACCUGGAGUCGGACCCCUCGGAGAACUACCCCCUGUCCCUGGACACGGAGCCUGCUCUACACGGCCUGCUGGACAAGAUCCUUGAGGCCAAAGCUAAGUUUGAAGCCUCCAUGGUGUUUGGUGAGAGCCAGGUAGGAAGAGGCUCAGACCCCGCUCUAGCGCCCUGCUGUGCCCCUCUGUGUCAACCUAAACCCAGCUGCUGCCAAUGUUGAUGCAUUGGCAAGACUGACCCCAAGAUUGACUUGAACUCCGGAUUUCCUUGCUUUCGCCUAGAGCAGGGGUUCCAAACUACUGAAUUGUCACCAAGUCCCAGAUAGAAGGGCUUUUUAACUCUGUUUGAAUGUGAAAUCUUAUAGUAACCUGUUUUGUGAUGUGCCUCGAAUAUGUUUUGCUCAUCAUUGUUCAAAGAAUGCAUAAUUUUCCCUUCUGUUAAAUGGCUCACGAAUGUAUUCAGCAAUGCACUUUUUGUUUUGCAAUGUUAAAAUAAAGGACAAAUAAUUUGGACAUCAAGCAUAUAUUUUAUUCAUUAGAACCAAACCCAUGACAUGGCAAUGUGUUUUUUGUCAUUUUUUUAACUUUCAAUUUUACAAGUCCUUGUUUUUUUUAAAGAUACAAGAUGGGAUAUGUUUGUUCUGUCACAUACUGAUUUUCCGCAGGUAUACAGUGAAGAAUUUGUGUACAUGUAAUAAAGUCAAAUGUUUGGUA